AUGGGCUUCAGGCAGCUCUGCUGUGUGGCCCUCUGUCUCCUGGGCAUAGCUGUCUCUGCUGACCCUGGGAUCACUCAGAUACCAAAAUACCUAGUCAUGGGAAUGACGGACAAGAAAUCUUUGAAAUGUGAACAACGUCUGGGACAUAAUGCUAUGUACUGGUAUAAACAGAGUGCCCAGAAGCCGCCAGAGCUCAUGUUCAUCCACAACUACAUGAAACUCAGUGGAAAUGAGAGUGUUCCAAGCCGCUUCUGGCCUGAAUGCCCAGACAGCUCUCAGUGCCUCCUGGACCUGAGCGCCCCGAAACCACAGGACUCCGCCGUCUAUCUCUGCGCCAGCAGUAGAGACACAGCCCUGCAGAGUCGAUUCCUUCCUGUGCACAAACCUCCAGGGUCCAGACAGGAAGCCGUGGGGGCCAUCCAGCUAGGGGACUUGGCCAUGUUCCUCUGUGCCAGCAGCUUGCCCACAGCCUUGCAGAGAUGCUUCCUUGCCCUUUCACAAACUCCACAGUGUCUCUAUGCCUUGCUCAAGGCUGCAGUGCGUGGGGUUGGAGAGAUCCAGUCCAACAAGAAUGUCACCACAGGGGACGGACUAGGCAAGAGCAAACAUGCACAGGGCAUCCUACGCCCAGAGCUGCUUGCUCUGAACCUGAUGGGUGAAGACAGGACUGACUUCUCAGAGGCUAAGACCUGA